UUUCUCCUUGAUUUCAUCCAUGGCGUCCAAAAGUUGUCCACCUUUUAAAAAGUUCAAAUUCCUCUUAGGAUUGUUUUUAUUACUUGUAAUAAAGCUGGGCUCUGCCCAGUUAUCCUCUACCUUCUAUGCAACAACCUGCCCUCAAGCACUUUCCACCAUUAAAUCAGCAGUGGACUCUGCUGUGUCCAAUGAAGCUCGCAUGGGGGCUUCUUUGCUUCGUCUUCAUUUCCACGAUUGCUUUGUCAAUGGAUGUGAUGGAUCCGUACUGUUGGACGACACUGCAAAUACGAAAGGAGAAAAAACAGCUGUUCCGAACAACUCCUCUUUGAGGGGAUUUGAAGUUAUUGAUACCAUCAAAUCUCAGAUAGAGAGCUUGUGCCCUGGUGUUGUUUCUUGUGCUGAUAUUGUUGCUGUUGCUGCUCGUGAUUCUGUUGUUGCUCUUGGAGGGCCUAGUUGGACGGUUCUUUUGGGUAGAAGAGAUUCAACUAGUGCAAGCUUGAGUGCCGCUAAUUCCAACAUCCCAGCGCCAACUUUGAAUCUUAGUGGCCUCAUCUCUGCUUUUUCAAACAAAGGUUUCACUGCUAAAGAAAUGGUGGCCCUCUCAGGAUCUCACACCAUCGGCCAAGCCAGGUGCACCACUUUCCAGACAAGAAUCUACAAUGAAACCAACAUCGACUCCUCCUUUGCAGCUUCCUUAAGAGGGAAAUGUCCGAGCACCGGCGGGGACAACAACCUUUCCCCUUUAGAUACGACAAGCCCGACGUCGUUUGACAAUGCGUAUUUCAAGAAUUUGCAGAGCCAGAAAGGGCUGUUACACUCUGAUCAGCAGCUGUUUAGUGGGGGUUCCACAGAUGCUCAGGUUAAUGCUUAUAGUUCCAACUUGAGAUCUUUUACGACGGAUUUUGCUAAUGCCAUGGUGAAGAUGGGAAACCUUAGCCCACUCACUGGAACAAGCGGCCAAAUCAGGACGAAUUGCAGGAAAACAAAUUGAAGGCUUUUUUUUUAAUAUCUUUUUCCCAUUUUGUGGUUUUCAAAAACUUUUAAAUGGAAUAAGCGCGAAAGGUUGUUGUUGUUGUUGUUAUUUCUGGUGUAAUAUUUGGAAGUUUUAUUGCAAAUCAAUGUCUAUUUCUACUUGUCAAUUUGGAGAUUAAUGUAUAAACUAAAAAAGCAACCAA